AUGUCACAAUCAUUGAGCUUGCAGGUGCCUGCACGUGAACAUUCUGUUGAAACAAUUCGCAGAAAUAGUGAAGUUAUGGGAAACCUUCGUAAACUAAUGGUUGCCAAUCGCGGUGAAAUCGCUAUUCGUUGUUUUAGAACAGCCCAUGAAUUAUCUAUGAGAACAGCCGAUGAAUCAUAUCAAAUUGGUCAAGUAGGUCAAUAUUCUCCUGUAGGAGCUUAUUUGGCUCAAGAUGAAAUUGUUCGUAUUGCAAAAGAACGUGGUGUAUCCAUGAUUCAUCCAGGUUAUGGCUUUUUGUCUGAAAAUGCUGAAUUUGCUCGUAAAGUCGAGGCUGCUGGUAUUACUUUUAUUGGUCCUUCUCCUGAUGUCAUUGAUAGCUUGGGUGAUAAGACAAAAGCUAGAACUAUAGCUAUCGAAUGUGGUGUUCCCGUCGUACCUGGUACACCCGGUCCUGUCAGUACCUAUGAAGAAGCGAAACAAUUUAUUGAUGAUUAUGCCGCUAUGGGUGGUGGUGGUCGUGGUAUGCGUGUUGUUCGUGACCCUUCUACCUUUGAGGAAGCCUUCAAUCGUGCUAAAUCAGAAGCACUCUCUGCUUUUGGCGAUGGUACUGUCUUUAUCGAACGCUUCUUGGAUAAACCACGUCAUAUCGAAGUUCAAUUAUUAGCUGAUCGUGCUGGUAAUGUCGUUCAUCUCUUUGAACGUGAUUGCUCUGUUCAACGUCGUCAUCAAAAGGUAGUAGAGAUCGCUCCUGCUAAAAAUUUGGAUCCCAAGGUUCGUGAAGCGAUCUUGAAUGAUGCCAUCAAGAUCGCUAAGGCCGUCAAGUAUAAGAAUGCGGGUACUGCUGAAUUCUUGGUUGAUAACCAGAAUCGACACUAUUUUAUUGAAAUUAAUCCUCGUAUUCAAGUUGAGCAUACGAUCACUGAAGAGAUUACGGGUAUCGAUAUUGUCGCUGCUCAGAUUCAAAUUGCUGCAGGUGCUCUUCUCCCUCAAUUAGGUCUCACUCAACAACGUAUCCGUCAACGUGGAUACGCGAUUCAAUGUCGUGUGACUACUGAAGAUCCUGAAAAGGGCUUCCAACCGGAUACCGGUAAAAUUGAAGUCUAUCGUUCAUCGGGUGGUAAUGGUGUUCGUCUCGAUGGCGGUGCUGGCUUUGCAGGUGCUGUCAUCACUCCUCAUUAUGAUUCACUUUUAGUGAAGGUAACCUGUACUGGUUCUACAUUUGAAGUAGCUCGUCGAAAGAUCGUUAGAGCACUUGUUGAAUUCCGUAUUCGUGGUGUCAAGACCAAUAUUCCUUUCCUACAACGUUUAGUCACUUAUCCAACCUUUAUCACAGGUACCUGUUGGACUACCUUCAUUGAUGAUACACCUGAUCUCUUUGAAUUGGUUCAAUAUCAAAAUCGUGCUCAACGUAUGUUGGGUUAUUUGGGUGACGUGGUCGUGAAUGGUUCACAGAUUAAGGGUCAAGUAGGUGAACCCACCUAUAAGCAAGAAAUUGAAGUACCCGGCCUGUUGGAUGACAUGGGCAAUAAAAUAGACGUAUCCCGUACCCUCCCCUCUAACGGUUGGCGUCAAGUUUUAUUAGAAAAGGGUCCUGAAGGCUUUGCAAAGGCAAUUCGAGAACAUCCUGGUACUUUAAUCAUGGAUACCACCUGGCGUGAUGCUCAUCAAAGUCUCUUGGCCACUCGUGUUCGUACUCUGGAUUUAUUACGUGUCGCUCCUACUACAGCACAUGCCCUUGCUAAUGCAUUCGCUCUUGAAUGUUGGGGUGGUGCUACCUUUGAUGUCUCGAUGCGAUUCUUACAUGAGGACCCCUGGGAUCGUUUAAUGAAAUUACGUAAAGCUGUACCUAAUAUCCCUUUCCAAAUGCUCUUGAGAGGUGCGAAUGCGGUCGGCUAUACCUCUUAUCCAGACAAUGUCAUUUAUGAAUUCUGUGAUAAGGCGGUGAAAGCCGGUAUGGAUAUCUUUAGAGUCUUUGAUUCACUCAACUAUAAAGCAGGUGGUGUCGUAGAGGCUACCCUUUGUUAUACCGGUGAUGUCUCUAACCCUAACAAGAGAAAGUACACACUUGACUAUUAUUUGGACUUGGCUCAACAAUUAGUGAAUGAAGGAAUUCAUAUCUUGGGUAUUAAGGAUAUGGCUGGUCUUUUGAAACCCAAGGCAGCCAAGAUGUUGAUAGAGGCUCUACGUGAGAGAUUCCCUGAUUUGCCCAUUCAUGUUCAUACACAUGAUACCGCUGGUACGGGUGUUGCCUCUAUGAUAGCUGCAAGCCUUGCUGGUGCAGAUAUCGUAGACGCUGCAAUUGAUUCCAUGUCCGGUAUGACCUCACAACCUGCUAUGGGUGCGAUUGUAGCUGCCCUUGAACAAUCUGAUUUACAUACGGGUAUUGACCUUACUCAUAUACAUGCCCUUAAUACCUAUUGGGAGCAAGCGCGUCUUCUUUACUCUUGCUUUGAGGCGAAUGUCAAAUCAGCUGACUCUGGUGUCUAUGAUCACGAAAUGCCAGGUGGUCAAUAUACGAAUCUCAUGUUCCAAUCACAACAACUAGGCUUAGGUUCUCAAUGGGUUCAAAUCAAGAAGGCAUACGCUGAAGCCAAUAAAUUAUGUGGUGAUCUCGUCAAGGUCACACCUUCCUCCAAGGUCGUAGGUGAUUUAGCUCAAUUUAUGGUAUCUAAUGGAUUAAGCGGUCAAGACGUUGAAGAACGUGCUGCCACCUUAUCCUUCCCUACCUCUGUUGUUGAAUUCUUCCAAGGUUAUUUAGGUCAACCCUAUGGUGGUUUCCCCGAGCCCUUACGUUCCAAUAUCAUCAAGGGUUUACCUCGUCUAGAUGGACGUCCUGGUGCCUCCCUUGAACCUCUUGAUUUAGGAAAACUAAAAGAAGAACUGACAAAGAAAUAUGGAUCCUCCAUUCGAGAUUAUGAUGUCAUCUCUGCUGCUCUCUAUCCUCAAGUCUUUGCUGAUUACCGUGAUACAGUGAGCCAAUAUGGUGAUCUCUCAGUUGUCCCCACACGUUACUUUUUAUCAAAACCUGAAAUUGGUGAAGAAUUCCAUGUAGAGAUUGAAGAAGGCAAGACCUUGAUUAUCAAGUUAUUAGCCGUAGGUCCUCUUAACAAUAAUGGUAAACGUGAUGUUUACUUUGAACUGAAUGGUGAAGCUCGUGUAGUUGGUAUUGCUGAUAGAAAUGCAGCUGUGGAGGUUGUCACACGAGAAAAAGCAAAUCCUAGUGUUGUGAUUGAAGUAAAAGCAGGAGAUCAAAUUGCUGUGUUGAGUGCCAUGAAGAUGGAAACCGUUGUCACUGCACCUAUUCCUGGUAGAGUUGAUCGUGUUGUAGCUCAAUCAGGAGAUUCAUUGAGUUCAGGAGAUUUAGUCAUUCAAAUUGUAAAUGAGAAUUAAAGCUGAUGAUGAUGAUAAUAAUAAUACAUAUUUAGAAUAUAAAUGAAUAAAGGAUGAUUUAUUAUGAAACACAUUAUUACUUGUAUGCUAAACCUGCUACUCAUUUUUAUUAUGAUAGACUAUACAUUUAAACUUGAUUUUAUUCAUAUCCAGUAGAUGUGUGUGUCAUAGGAAAGAAUGUCAAAAUAAGCACAUAUU